UUGAUAAAUCGAGUUCAGUCUGAAUUUCGCCAACACUAGUAUCGGUCGAAAUUAGAGGCUCUUCCUAUCGAGGUUAGUCUAAAGGAAAGUGAAAGUGCUGAAAGUGUUAAAUGUGGUAGAAGUGGAAUUGGCUCAAAAUGAGGAAUCUACCUAUCCUAUUAUUCGUAGUUUUCUGCGUUAUAAGGUCCAUAAAUGGAAACAUUAUUCCGGACGAUGCUGAAGAUACUCUUCAGGAUCAUAUCAACCAUUUAUCAGGUCUAAUGGAAAAAUUUGGAGCGCUCUACCUAACCUCAUUGGAUCAAAAGUUAACCGCAAUCAUCUCAGCACUUACUGCAGUUGAUACCAAUAUUAAGAGCCUCCAGGAGAAGUCAGGAACAUGGAACAUAUUUUUACAUCACGUGCAGGCUUGGACAGAUACUAUGAAGGCGAUAGAUCACAAGGUGGAUUUGGUUAGGUUGGCCCAAGACGACAAUCACUCUCUGGAAAAUCAGCUGAACCGUAUGGAGUUUGCGUUAAACCAUAUUUCAACCAAAGUUGAUACCUUAAACGAAAAGACUCAAGCAAUUAAUUCACCAAUGCUGGAAAAAAUCAAGGAUAUCCAUGAAAUAGUUAAAAGCAGGGAGAAAUCCGAUAGAGUUGAAAAGGAUGGAUUGUCAGCAAAACUGAGUGCUAUUAUGCGACAUGUCUUAAUGAUUGAAGGAAGUCAAGGACGCGAAUCACGCCGGACUAAGGUGAGUCGAGGAGCAGCACGGGAUGUAGACUAUUACAACCAGAACUUGGAGAGUAUUGAGCUUAAGAUUGAUCAAAUCUUGAACGAAUUUCCAGCAACGAAUAAUAUGGAUGAGGUAAUUGCAACUCAGCGAAAACAAUCAGACCUUAUAAAGAAUAUGCAGGAGUUGAUACGAGCAAUUGACGAAAGGACAGUAAGGAUCUAUGAUGCCGAGGCUCAACACAGCACCAAACUGCUAAGCUGUUGUCGCCAGAGUAACGAUGAACUGGCAACUUUCACGACCAGCUCCGAUUUACUUUUGAAACGCAUCGAGAAACUUGUGUUGGAUGUACAAAAUCAAGUUAAAGGACUUCCUCAAGAAGACAGCAGAAAAGAAAGCAAGGGGACGAAAACAAAUUCAAAAGUUGGUGGGACUGGAGGUCACAUUGGUCCUGUUGGCAAGAACCGCGAGGCGAAUACAACUGGACAUGAGAAGUCAACAACUGAUAGUAAACCUAGUGUUGAAACCGGUGAUUCGAAGAUUGACGACAAAAAAUCGGUGGACAAAAAGAAGGAUAAAACGGAAGAGGAAAAAGAAAGGCAGUCGCCUAAAAUAUCUACUGAUGUUUCGUCUGAAGAUGAUGAAAACGAGGAAGAAAUUGACGACAUAAGACAAGGUGUAAUAGAUUCUCCACAGAAGACUGGUUGCCAUGAAAUUGAGGAACGAGUUGAUGGGGUUUACAAGUUUAAAAACACUUCACACGAUGAUAUCCGCAACUACCAUGAACGCUACUGCGCCUUCCCUACCGAUGGUGCAGGGUGGACCGUGAUUCAACGACGUGGUCCCUUCGAAGUCCAAGAGAACUUCAACAGGUCCUGGGAUGACUACAAAUAUGGAUUUGGAGAUCUCCAUCGCGACUUUUGGUUUGGUAAUGAAUUCAUCCACAGAAUGGUUUACAAAGAGAUUCACGAGCUACGCAUCGAAAUGGAAGAUUUCGACGGGGUGCAAGUUUGGGCCGAAUACUCGACCUUCCAAAUCGAACCUGAAAAGGACAACUACAAACUUAUUAUUGGAGGAUUCAGAGGGUCUGUGACUGAUUCAAUGCUUUAUCAUGACGGAAUGGAAUUCAGCACGUAUGAUCGUCGGAAUGAUCGAACGGUGGAAGAGUGUUGUUCCUGUGCGACUGGUUACGGGAGUGGAUGGUGGUUUGAUAACUGCUCUGAAGCGAAUUUGAAUGGAGUUUACCGGGAUCAGCCAAAAGAUCAUGAUUAUAUUGGAAUCGUCUGGGAAAAUUGGCAUGGCGACUAUUCGCUGAAAAAAUCGAGGAUGCUCAUCCGACCCAAGAAUAUUUGGCAAGAUUUGGAAGACAGUGAAGCAGAUUUAUUUCCAGAAAUUCCCCCUGAAGAUCCAUGAAACCAUGCAAUAUAAAUACAAAAAUAAAACUUUAGUAUUCCUAG